GCCGGGGCGGCGGGACGUAAACUGCGGGCUCACGCACAGACGCGCCUGGGUGCCUCUGUAUUUGAGUCAAGGGGAGAGGGACAGUGGAGCUGUCAACGAUCGAGGCUGCUGCAACGUCUUGAGGAAGGAGUGUAGUUUGUGGUCUUCAUCUCACUAACCCCGAUCUGUCAUCCCGGGAAAACACCCCGGCGGAGUGGAUUAAAAAUAGCUCUUCCAAUAGCUGAACAAAAGGCCACUGCGGGAAGCCAGGGCUAGCAAUUGAAGCUGAGCUGUUUUUAUUAUGCUAAAGCAGACGUCCUCUCUUUUAACGAUGCCCGGUAACGGGAUUCGGCAUCCGAUGAAGCUGGAAGGGGAGAUCAGAAACCGGGAGAAGGCAGAGGCUGAGAGCGAUCGUUGCCGGACCCGGGACAGGUUCGAAGCUACCUUGGCUGGACUAGGAGAGCUGGAUUUCCUGAAGCACAGACAGGAAUACUUGGUUCGGGGUGCAAUGGAAUUACUGAAAGCUUCGGAGAACACAGCAGCUCUCAAAGGCGAAAGGAGAAAGGGAUCUCAAGGGGAACUUUAUUUGACCCCUGAGGAAAAGCAAUUAGAAGAUAACAUUAUCAUGUUAAGGAAACAAUUGAACUGUUUGAGGAGGAGAGAUGCUGGCCUCAUAAAUCAGCUCCAGGAGCUGGAUCGACAGAUCAGUGACCUUCAGUUGGACGCGGAAAAGGGUCCAAAUGACAACCUAGAAACAGACAGCAGACCCAGUUCAGUUUUGGCAGGGUAUUCUACUUUUUUAAAAAAGCUGUGCUGCUUUGGGUUUCCCAAUGGCUUAGUAGGUUUUUACGAAAUGAGUGAUGGAGCAUCUGGGUCACUUUCAAACUCCUCUAAUUCUGUUUUCAGUGAGUGUUUAUCCAGUUGUCAUUCCAGCACCUGCUUCUGUAGCCCACUGGAUGCAUCACUGAACAUCACAAAUGGACGGCCCAAGUCAACAGAGGAUUUCAUCGGCUGGAGGGAUUAUGGAGAGGGGAUGCAUGAGUGCCAAUAUGCUGGUGUUGUUCGACGUUCCUUCUCUGCACCCUAUUCUAGUUCCAUUGAUGUGGUUGCUGAUGUUCAUCCCAAGUAUCAGUGUGACCUGGUUUCCAAAAACGGCAAUGAUGUAUAUCGAUAUCCAAGCCCUCUGCAUGCAGUUGCUGUACAAAGUCCAAUAUUUUUUCAUCCUGCAACAGGAAGCGUUAAAGAGGAAGAGGAGAAGCCCCAGUGUGGUGUGGGUGCUUCAUUGGUGGCACCAGAGUCUGAACCUGUAAAAACUAACUCUGCUAUUCCAGCCUCCCAGAUCAGUUCUUGCCCAGUUAUUCAUCCUUCAACAACAAAAAGACUGGAUAAUUAUAUACUUGGCCUUGUUCAGAAAAAAAUCCAGCCUCUUAGACCAAAUAAGCCAAGGACCAGCCUAAAUACAGAUCCAUUGAAGGGAAUCUUGAGGCAAGGUAGUAUCUGUGUCAAACAAACUAUGAUACCAGGUAAUACUGAUUUGAAAGUGUCCAAAAAUGUUCAUACCCAUUCUCCUGCAUCUAAUGGCUCCUGAAUGCAGUGU